AUGAUGUGGCUUCCAUCAACAUCGACUCACAGCUCGUCCGACGGUAUGAGUCCGGUCUCGUGGAAGUCAGCGAGCUGCAGAACGGGUGCGUCUGCUGCUCCUCUGCCGACGACCUCUUCGCAGCGGUCCAGGCCAUUGUCAUGCGGUCGAAGGACCAUCCCUUUGAGCAUGUGCGGUGGAGUUGAGCGGUGUCCGGCGAGCCGGAGUCCGUGCGCCGGAACUGGCGUUGCACUGGACUGCCAGCUCCCAGUCGCCUUGCGCUCCGAGGUGGCGCGCGUGGUGACCGUGGUUGACGCGAGCACGUUUUCUCGCGAUUGGCUCGACUCUCGCCAGGCGCUGGAGCGAAAUCGACUGGAGGAAGUGCGCUCGCACGCGCCAUCGAA